AUUCCGUCCCUCCUCCUUGAGCCACCGUGCAUCUUUCCGGCUAAGGUUUGGGGAGGGGGUUUUGGAGGUCCGCUUUGAAAGACGGCGACAUUCAUUUCCCAAGCUGGGGCCCGUGGGGGCUGAAGUGCGCGGUCCCCGCACCGUGGAACCGAGUGCCUGUCUGAGGCGGCCAUGGAGGCGGAGGUGGGGCCGGGGGAGUCCAAGGAGCCGGCUGAGCUCCCUGCGGCGGUGCGGGCGAAGAUCGAGCGAAAUCGGCAGCGGGCGCUGAUGCUGCGCCAAGCCCGGCUGGCGGCCAGGCCGUACCCGGCGGUGGGGGCAGCGUCAGGGAGCGCCGGAGGAGCAGGAAUUACUAAUGUGAAAUCAGCACCAAAAAUAAUUGACACGGGAGGUGGUUUCUUUUUAGAAGAGGAAGAAGAAGAAGAGAACAAAAUUGACAAAGUUGUACAUAAACCAGGGCCUGUUCUAGAGUGCGAUUAUGCAGUUUGUGAAGAAUGUGGGAAAGAGUUUAUGGAUUCUUACCUCAUCAACCAUUUUGAUUUGGCAACUUGUGAUAAUUGCAGAGAUGCUGAUGGUAAACACAAGCUUAUAACCAAAACAGAAGCAAAACAACAGUACCUCUUGAAAGACUGUGAUUUAGAAAAGAGAGAACCAGUGCUUAAAUUUAUUGUGAAGAAGAAUCCUCAUCAUUCACAGUGGGGUGACAUGAAACUUUACUUAAAACUGCAGGUUAUAAAGAGGGCUCUUGAAGUCUGGGGUAGCGAAGAAGCCCUCGAAGAAGCAAAGGAGGUCCGACAGGAAAACCGGGAGAAAAUGAAACAGAAAAAAUUUGAUAAAAAAGUAAAAGAAUUACGCAGAGCUGUAAGAAGCAGUGUAUGGAAAAAAGAAACAGCUAUUCACCAGCAUGAGUACGGACCUGAAGAAAGCAUUGAAGAUGACAUGUAUCAGAAGACUUGUACAAUUUGUGGCCACCAAUUGACAUAUGAAAAAAUGUAAUGUAAAUUUUUAGACUUAGCCAUUUUGAAAUGUUUUAUAUUUAAAUAAAGAGAAUUUUAAAGACAA